UUGCCCCCUUAGACUACAAUUCAGUGCAAUAGCAGACAUACUGUUGGACUAAUUCUGAUUCAGGGCGGAGAAAAUUACCAUUCGACAAGAGGACAUAGACUGCUAAAAAACAAGGAGAAUCAAGACUUUGAAGACUUGUACGGACACAGCGUGAAGGAUACUGCUCAUUCCUUUGAUUGUUCUACCUCUUUGGAUUUCUCAUUUGCCUCCUUUUGAUCUAAAAAGGAGGUGACAGAGCUGCGACAGCUGCAAAAAUGAAGUACAACUACCUGGCACCAGUGUCCUCCUACACACGAAGUUCACAGUACACUCCGGUCUACCACUCGCCUUCCUACUACAGCCCCUCACAUUACACGCCAACAUCCACCUAUGCCACUGUAUCAAAGUACACCCCAACUGCACAGAGCAGCACUUAUUACACCCCAUCACUUUACACGUCCACUUACAAAGCUGCAUCGACGUACAUCCCUUCUUACAGCAAAGCUACAAGGUACACCUCAACACGUCGCACUCAAGCCCAGGAAAACUCUGCACCUGUAAUACCUGUUGCCCCUGCAAAGAGGACUGUGCACUUCCCCAAUGACAUCAUCUUCCAGGACAUCGUCAGAAGAGGGGAUCUGGAGCAAAUUGGACGCUUCAUGAGAGCAAGGAAAGUCCGUGUGGACACACUCUUCCACUCAGGUAUGGCUGCUCUGCAUGAAGCCGUUCUGACUGGGAACCUGGAAGUGGUGAAGCUCCUGAUUAAACAUGGUGCCGACGUCCACCAGAGGGACGAGGACGGGUGGACGCCACUGCAUAUGGCCUGCAGUGAUGGCUACCCAGAAAUUGCCAGGUACCUCCUGUUAAUGGGAGCAAGCACCGAAGCGCAGAAUGAAAGCGGAGAAAAGCCUGCAGACCUCAUUGACCCAGACUGUAAAGAGCUGGCUAAACUGUUUGAGACAGGCUGCGUGUGAGCACACAUGGACCUCAGUGAGGAAUAAGACAAAUACAAUGAGUGGCAACACGAAUCAAGUAUUUUGCUGCAGCUUGUGCAAUGUCACUAAUCCUGGAAAGCAAAGUUCUGGUUCUGACUUUCAGAAGUGCAACUCAUCUCAGAAGGAUAUCCAUCUUUUAAAUUAUUGCUUUAUACAAAACAAAUGUUUUGCAGUUGAGUAUUUUCUUUUACUUCAUAUUUGUAAUAACUGCCAUUUCAGAGCUGUAAAUAACACUGUGUGACUACAUAUCCCUGAACCUAAAUGUCUAUCCCAGUAAAUUCUAGUUCAGAACUAAUCAUUUAUUUAUUUCUGGAGAGAUUUUGAGUGUUUAUGUUGAAAUCGUGUAUCAUUUGUCAUUUUCUUAUGUAGCUGAAAGCAUGCUGCAACUAUGUUUUCAAAUAAUAGCUAAAUCUACUCAAGAAUCGGGACUGAUAUCCAAGUAUUUUGUACAAUGUUUUGCAUCCUCACUGCUGGGCAGAAAGAGGAUCAAUAAGAUCGGUACAACCUCAUUUUGUUGUUCAAAAAGCUUUAAAAUGUAGGCUUUGUGUUGUGAGAGCUUGUGCAGCAUUUUGACAAAUGUAUUACACUGUUUUCUGCUGUUAAAAGAAAAGUGAAGUCUUACAAUUUUCAGUACAAUUAUUAUUUUUGUACAUUUUUAUAAAUAAAAGACUUUUUACAAAUAAAA